AUUAUGUAAACUACCUUUCCCAGUUUGUGGUUAGUUAGAAAGAUCUAAGCAAAAGAUAAAAGUCAGUUGCUGAAUCACAGGAAGUACUCUGACGUACAAUCUCUAGACCACUAAAGUAUAAAAUCGACAGCAUCACUUCAGACAGUACAACAGGACCACAACACAGAAGCAAAGACCAGCAGAACAUUGUUAGACAACCAGACCAAGACCACACAUCGCGAAUAUCUUCCACUGAGGAAAACAAGACUAACGAAAAAAUCAUGGGUUUAAUUUUAAACUUACACUCUCUAAUGGCUCUUUGUACGAUGGGGGUGUUGGUGAUGAUGAUGAAUAUGGCACAGGCAUUACCCCACCCCAACCCAGAGAAAAUACUGAGCAACCCUCGGGCUCACAAGAAGUCUGCAGAGCCAUCCGAUUCAGACACAAUAACUGUCCCCCUGCACAUAGACCCUAAAGGCUUGGUUCCUUCCCGUCCGAUCAGGCCUAUUGGGAACCAUUCAAUCUCCCCAUGGACUUACCACACAACGCAUGACGAGAGUCGUUUUCCCAGUGUCAUCUCUGAGGUCAAGUGCACUCUACAGGGCUGUCUGAGCAUCACGGGUAAAGAGGACAGGAGCCUUGAGUCCAAACCCAUCUACCACCAGAUCCUGGUUUUAAGGAAGGUGGUGGGGAGCGUGGACAGAUACCAUUACCGGCUGGAGUCAAAGAUUAUUGCGGUGGGCUGCACUUGUGUCAGGCCUGUCAUCGUACACCAACAGCAGGAGUAGCAGUGUACAGCCGUGACAGCCAUCUGGCUCAACCAUGUGGCUGUCAAAGCCAUGUACAAUGUGAUGAAAAUGUUUCUGUGUUAGGUCAAUGGCUCUCUGUC